AAAAAUUAUUAUUAUUUUCGAUUAGAGUAGUUUGUCAAAAUUUCUUGUCCAAUUGACAUGACAACAACCAGAGCUAGCUUAUAAUCUGUACGUAAUCUUUUAAAAGAUUUGUUGACUUUUUAAAAGCUACGUCCGAAACCCGCCACUUAAUCGAUUUAUCGAGUCGACUUAAAAUCGUGCAUCGUCUCUGCGCCAUUUAACUGCCAUCACUACGUUAAAUUCCUCUAACAUAAACAAUCGUCAAAAAUUCUGCUGCGUACACGGAAAAGUCUCUAGCAGAUUAUAAUACGGGAAGCGAAAGUGAAAACGAUGGAGCUGGAAAUAGCAGGACAGGCCACAGCCUGUAAGCGACAAAAACGAAAUACACUAGACGACGAGGACGUCACAAUGCUCGUUGGUGUGGAGGCAGAGGAAACGCUACAGACGACUGAAACUACAUGCGAUAGUAAGACUAGUCUCAGCAAAAUGUGCGAGAAAAACGAUUUAUCGGGGAACCAUACACAAUUCGCUGAAACCAAUGAAAUAAAUACUGAUAAAAUCGCUGAAACUGCCACAACUAGUGAAAAUAAUGUAGCAAAACGCUUCGCCAGCGAGGAUUCCUGUUUUUUGCCUUCACCACAAAGGACUGCUGACGCAAAUACCGUGGACAAUCCAACCUCCUUCAGCGGCGAAAAGCUGGGUGAUACAAAUCCAUUUAUGGAGUACCGGUUAUCAGCCGCUGCUGCAAGAGAGGUAAUCUCGGGCUCGCGCUCCAUAAGCGCUCAACUCAGCCCUGACAGUGAUGAUGACGUUGACGCUGAAGGUGCUGGUGCCGAAGCCAAUGCUGCUUGCGGCCGUACCCCCAGCCCCGCCUUAGCUUUAGACAGUGAUAGUAAUGAUGGGGCCGUCGAUGGAAAUUCUUCAAACACUGAUAAUGUUGCCAGUAUUCAAACAUCACCGUCUUUCAAUCACCGAAACAUACCGCCCACACGAUCGUAUCGUCGCAUUAACAUAGAGCUAUCUAUGUCAUCUACAUCUGAUUCCAACUCGUUAAUAACUGACAAUGUUAACGCUGCCGUUGAUGCUGAGCGCGACGACUCUGAAAUCGAUGGUGAUGACGCGGAAAGUGCAGCAGAGAAUGAUAAUGAUUUUAGCCCGGAAGAGGAGAAUAGUUCCAAUGCCAGUGAUUUCUUUAUACCACAUUAUUACUCGGAUGGAAUUGAUACUGAUGCCGAAUCAGAAAGUAAUGAGGAGGAGGCUUAUGAAGAAGUCAACCUCGAGGAAGUCGAAUCGUCUGUAAACGAGAUCUUACGCAGAUCAAAGCCCUCGUAUAAUUGGAACUUGACUGCAGAACUCAUGCACCGCGAGAACAAUAUUGUCAAUCGCAUUGGCUGGCGCGGAGGUCAUACCUCGGCAAACGCCUUUGGCCGAGGCUACUACAGCUCACUACAAGCCGUUGAACGCUUAGCCCUUACCUCCACGUUACUUCGUCAUAGAAGUUGUGUGAACAGUUUAAACUUUAAUCGUGGUGGCGAUCUAAUUUGUUCCGGUUCCGAUGAUCUGCUUAUCGUUAUAUGGGACUGGGCGAAGAACAAAAUACGCCACUGUUUUAAAUCCGGCCACACGUUAAAUGUGUUUCAAACAAAGUUUAUUGACAGUACCGGCUGCUUAGAUAUUAUUUCCAGCAGUCGCGACGGUCAGGUCAGGCGUGCGGUCAUACCGCCCUCUGGUGAUUGCCCGAAGCCAACGCGUCUGUACUCGCACAGCGAAGCAGUGCAUAAGAUUGUCGUUGUGCCAAACACUCGGUAUGAGAUUAUGAGCGCAGGCGAGGAUGCUGCCGUCAAGCACUUUGACCUGCGAACAAGCGAAUCUCCAACCACCCUCCUGCGUUGCUGCAGCUCGGGUCGCAGUGAAGGGCGUGUACGACUGUUUAGUAUAUCCCACCAUCCAUAUGCCCCAGAGUUCUGCAUUAGCGGCUGUGAUGACAAAUUGCGCGUUUACGAUAAACGCAAGUGCGGUAAGCCUGUACACGAGAUGACACCAGCUGUUCUCGCGGAUACUAAAAUAACACACAUUACUUGUGCCGUCUAUAAUCAUAGCGGUAGUGAGAUUCUGGCUUCGUACAGUGAUGCUGGCAUUUAUCUGUUCGACAGCCGUAAUUAUACGAGCGGCGAGUUUCUACACUGCUACGAGGGUCAUGUCAAUAGUCGUACUAUUAAGGGUGUAAACUUUUUUGGACCCCGCUCUGAGUACAUUGUUAGUGGCAGCGAUUGUGGACAUGUGUUCUUCUGGGAUAAAAAUACCGAAUCAAUCGUAAACUUUGUGAAAGGAGACCAUUCCGGUAUAGUCAACUGCUUGGAGCCCCAUCCAUGGGCACCUGUAUUGGCAACUUCGGGCUUAGAUUACAAUGUCAAAAUCUGGACUCCUACCUUUGAGCCUCUUGAACCAAAACCGGAUAAGUUGAAGGAAACGCUGCUCCGUAAUUUCCAACAUAACAUGUCAGGGCCGCGUGACUUUGACAUUAAUCAGUUUCAUUAUUUUAUACGACAGUUUCUGCAAGGCAAUCCCUCAGAUUAUGAGCGUCCGCGUCGUAAUCGCGAACGUGCUGAUCCCGAAUCAGUAGACGAGCAUCGACAGCAGCCGGAAAAUAAUACGAAUAGCAGCAGUCAAAGUGCCAACAGCCAGCGUACCUCCGGCACUGAGAACGCUCGUGCGAAUAUUGUUGGUAGACACCGAGAUGGGAACAGUUCUGAUGGUACAGACGAUGAUCCCAAUCUGGAGACGUUGCAUUGUCGCACGCAAUAAGUGUUAGGCAGUAGCAAUCCAAAGUUAAUUUAGAUUUAAACUUUUAGGCGUGAUCGACUUGAAAAGUCGCCAGCAAAUUGUUAAGUUGUCCAAUAGUUUUAAUCUUUUAUUUCUGUUUAAUGAGGAGUGCUGCAUAUGCUGCAUAUAUUUGCUGUGCUCCCAAUUUUUCUUGAAAAUUUCAGUUCUUUUAUAGAUGAUGAACAGCUGUGAAUGAAUUAACCCCGAUUACUGUAAUAAUACAAAAUGUUUCACGAUUUAUGUAAACACAAAUGCUAUUUAGAAUGUUUCCUAAACACAAACACACGUGAACACACUU